AUGGGCGAACAGAUGAUUCCGCCCGGACAGGGCACCAUCAUGGUUCACAGUGACGCCAUAGACGACAGCGAUACUGCAAUGGUGAAUUCUUACUUGGUUGACUGGGAUGAACCAGACGAUCCAGAAAAUCCGAUGAACUGGUCAAAGUGCAAGAAGGCUCUAUUCAUCACGACGCUUGGGUACAUCUCAACACUCAGCCCCCUAGCAUCAUCGAUCGCGGCACCGGGAAUUGCUUCCAUCAAGUCAGAUUUCAAUGUCACAGACACAUACGUUGGGGCGUUCAUGAUAUCAGGAUUUCUGAUCGGCUACUGCUGUGGCCCGCUAUUCAUCGCACCGCUUUCAGAGAUGUACGGUCGUUAUGUUCUAUACAACGCUGGUAGUCUCCUAUUUCUCAUUUUCAACGUUGCAUGCUCCGUGGCACCCAACUCGGGUAGCAUGAUUGCGUUUCGCAUCUUUGCUGGCAUAGGCGGAUCUACCCCGUUGACUCUUGGGGCUGCGUCGCUGGCAGACACAGUUCCGAGAGAAAAGAGAGGACUUGCCAUGAUGGUCUGGACUCUUGGGCCGAUGGUGGGCCCAACCAUUGGGCCCAUUGCAGGAGGCUAUUUAUCAGAAACGAUAGGCUGGCGAUGGUCUUUUCGAGUGGUGUCCGUUGCUGCUGGAGUAGCUGCCCUCGGCACAGCAUUCUGCAUGCCCGAAUCAUACGCCCUGACCCUUCUGGAACGAAAGGCACGACGACUUCGCCUGCAGACCAGAAACCCACACCUCGAAUCUGUUCUAGCAACCCACCGUAAGCCAAAAGACCUCUUCAUGUUCUCCAUUCUUCGACCGGCGAAGAUGAUGUUUCUCUCGCCCAUUGUCUUCUGCCUUUCAGUUUAUAUGGCCAUCCUCUACGGCUACCUCUACCUGCUUUUCACAACCUUCCCCCAGGUUUUCAAGCAGCAGUACGGAUUCUCUCAAGGGUCAGCGGGGUUGGCGUACAUCGGCAUCGGUGUAGGCUCAGUGAUCGGACUUCUAUUUUCUGGUCUAGUGUCAGACAGGCUUGUGCUGAAGUUGUCACUCACAAAUGGCGGGCAGUUUCAGCCGGAAUAUCGACUGCCGCCCAUGCUUAUGGGUGCUAUCCUAGUCCCCAUAGGACUGUUUUGGUAUGGUUGGACUGCAGAUAAACAGCUUCAAUGGAUGCUACCUAUCAUAGGAACAGCCAUCCUAGGAUGCGGGAUUGUUAUAGUCCUGGUAAGAGUCCGCACCUACCUAUGCAACUGUGUCAUCGGUACUGACGUGUGUAUCUUGAAGAUGUCGAUCUCGACUUAUCUGGUUGACGCAUUUACGACAUACGCUGCAUCAGCCAUGGCAGCCAGCACAGUCACCAGGUCAUUGUUGGGCGCAUUCUUGCCCCUGGCUGGUGACCGGUUGUAUCAGAGCCUUGGGCUCGGAUGGGGAAACUCACUCCUCGGCUUCAUUGCUUUCGUCAUGAUUCCAAUCCCUUUAGUAUUCUACAGAUACGGUCAGGUCAUCAGGCAAAUGAAACUCUUCAAGACCGAGUUCUAG